GCGAGAAACUUCCUUCUAAAUUGAACUCUGUCGGCCCAACCAUAGGGGACAUUUUCACGUGUGGAAGUGACGCAUGCGUGUUAACAUCGAUCUGUGUGUCACCAGUGACAGUGCGAGUCGGCGUCGUGCCAAAAAACAAAAACAAAUGAACAAAAUACAAGAUAAUUUCCACCUUUGAAGCCAUGAAAAUAGAAGGAUGCCUGGUGCUGCUGUGGCAGCUGUCCCUGUCGCUGGCGCUGCGGCGCGGCCCGCACCACCCGCACGGGCAGCAGCCGGUGGACCACCAGCACCAUCACUACACGCCAAGAGGAGCCGAGUCGCUUACGCAAGAGGAGGAUGUGUUGAGGGAUGCUAAACACAUAGAGGAGGACUCGGCGCACCUGACGGCGGAGAUGGUGGCGCAGAUGUCGCCCGAGGAGCUGGAGUUCCACUACUUCCAGGCGCACGACUUCGACCGCAACAACAAGCUCGACGGACUCGAGAUGCUCAAGGCGGUGUAUCAUAUGACAGAGCACAACCACAAUCCUGAUACGGAUAAGUCUAUUGAACCCGAAUCAAAUGAGAUCGUCGAUUACGUAGCUCUAGUGGACAAGACGCUAGCCCUAGACGACAAAGACAACGACGGCUACAUAUCGUACCUGGAAUACCGGAAGGCGCGGCUGCACGAUCCCAAGGGACGCACACACCGGGUGCUGGCCCAAGACUGACCCAGUUAUUACGUACUGAAUUAAUUGUGAUUGUGAUUAGAUAAAUGGAAUAGUGCGUGUGAAAUAGUGUGAAUGAAUCGGUUUAUAUGAUCAGUGAAUUUCUGUUCAGGUUU